UAUAAAACGGAGAUGACGUUUGUGCUGUUCGGUUCUCAGGAAUAAUUUAUUUGCAUGGUUGUCGGUGUUUACAAGGCUUCCUGUUUGUGACGCAAAGGGCCAUUAGGUUAUGCAAAAACAGAGCAGCUCAUCAUUCAGCUGUGCGUGUGAGGAGACGACACAAACAAAGAGAAUGCUUAUGAGAAGCCUGUUUCUAAACGCUUGGCUUUAUCACCUCCUCAGAGCUGGCGAUGGCUUCACCAGUGCCUCUGCCUCGUGUGCGAUAUGUAACGUCACAGGAACCUGGCCAGACAAACAGUCAAACUGCAGUGCAGGCUUUCAGGUUUGUGUCAACAGCACUGCAUCCAAGCUAAAUGAGGGCGAUGAAGUCACUCUGACUUGUUUCCAUAACUGUUCCAAUUGGAAUGUGACGUUUGGGUGGAAGAAGGACACGAAUGAAAUUGAGGAAGAAAGAAAUAAGAGCAAGCUGUUUCGCAAAAAAGUGUUGUCACAUGACACAGGCCAGUACGUCUGCUUUGUGAACAGCUUGUGUGGCCGAUGCGAGUCUCUGCCACACAAUGUCAAUGUAGAGAACCAAAGCGUGUUGCUCCUGAUCAUCUGUGGCGUUUCUGCUUUGGUCCUGGUCCUGGUCAUCGGGCUGGUUAUGAAGUACAAGCUGAAAAGAGACGGAGCUAAACACAGAGAGAGGAGGCAGCAGAAGCAGCUGGAGCAGGGCGGCGCUCCCAGCUUCAUUCACUAACUUCACAACUAAAGAAGAACCAUCUCUACCUUCAAAAAAUGUCCCUCUUGAUUUAGUGAUAUUGUUUCAAGAAAUCAUUUUAAUCUGUUUGAUUAAGAUAUUAAGCUUUCUUUUUUCUUGAGUGUUUAUAGAUACAUUGAGGUUACAAGCUUAUGUGUAGAGGCCUUUGCAUUAGGGAGUUUGCAUAGCACAGCAUUUAACCAUAAAGCCCGUUCAAUGGAGGAAAAGAGUUUUAAUCCAGACGCGGCGCCUGCAUGCUGAAACUAAUCCCCACGAAUGCGCUGCUCACAGGAACCAACACCACAGACGACCCGAACAGAGCAGCUUUAAAGCGCCUGGCACGUAAUGGAUACAUGGGGGGAUGAUAAGGAUAUCCGCUCCUUCGCAGGAGAGGGACAGAUUUGGGGAUUUGAGAGUUGAAUCAUGAAGAAAUAAUAAAUUCCCAUGGUCGAACCACAUGA